AUGGUAGAGCCAGGAUUAGCGGUUGUGCCAGCUGGCGAGGUUGGACAAGGGCUGCCGGUUGGUGUGGCUGUGGAAGAAGAGAAGAGGUAUCCCGGGGACACGCUGCUUCUAAGGCUCAGGGAGAAAGGCUUGCAGCAUGACGUCUUCCAGGUGGCCAUUCCCGGGGCCCCUCCUUCUGAACCAUUGGGUCCGGUAGGGCCAGCAGGUGGUGCUCAGCAGCAACAGGGGCAGGCCACACAGCAGCAGCCAAUCAGGAGAGUAACGAUCCCUGACCCACCAGCUGUGACGCCAGGGGCUGCAGUGCUUAAUGCUCUCACCCCCGGUCUUAUGAGGGAGGCAGACACGACGGGAUCAGCAGCGCGACUGGAGAGGGCAUUCAAAGAGUUUGUGCAGAAAGGGUCACUGAUCUCGCAUAUGGAGGCAGCUCUGCGGAAGAUCCCCAGGGAUUCUCGGGCGUGGUAUACGAAGUUUGAGCAGCUCUUCGAGGCUUUCCUCCUGUUUUCUAGACCGCCGCUGCGGCUCAUGCAAACUGAACUUUACAACGAUAUCGCCAGGGCCACGGAGCAAGGAUUCACGGCCGCCGAACCGGCGCAAACCCUGCCACGUGGCUCGGAGGAAAAAGCAGAAGCGGUUGCGCGACGAAGUGGCGAACUGCCGGCUCGAAACGGAGCGGCCCCGAAGGGCGACAACACGACGCUCCCCCAAAGCGAGCAGGGCGGAGCAAAAGUCGGCAGCCCUGGAAAGAAACCUGAGGGGCCCCCAGACGCCUUCGAGCGUGACCAAAACGUGACGCAGGCAGAAACCCGAGCGGGUUGCCCGAAGCGCCGCAUAGCGCCGCGGAGCUGGCGGGUAGCGGGCCCGACGAAGAGCUCGAGGAGCUGCAGCCAGACAUAG